AUGGCAAGUAUUGAAAAGGAGCAUGCGGAAACAGGAGGCUUCAGUUCAGAAUGCGAAGAGAUCGAAAUCGAAAGUGGACUCUAUCAAGAUUUUGAAAUUGUCGAUGUACCAGGUCUUGUCGAGGGUGAGAAGAAUGCAAAACAACGCAAAGCAGUUGAACGUAUUGUUGAAUUAUAUGUUCGUAAUCCACGUUUUGCUAUUGUGCUUCUUAAAGAAGCACAUCAGUCGAAAGAGAAUAGUCAUGGUGCCCGUCGAAUUCAUGAUUUAUGUACAUCGCCAAAAGCUAUCGCUUCCAAUCAACCACCGAGGAUGGAUUAUCAGGAGCACAUGAUUACAAUACAAACAAAAUUCGACAUUUUUAUGCAGCAAUAUACGAAUGGUACACAAGCAAAUCAAGAGAUUGCUGCUCAACUGACCAACUUUGAACGAUGCUACUUCGUGAACAUGGUCUUUGACGGCUUCUCUAUGAAAGAUGAAUCAUAUGCGCGUAAUCGUCAAUACUUACUAGGCUUACCCGAAUUAGAGAAGGAAAAGGUGAAUGAAUGGAUUCGGUCUAUCAAUCAGAAAGCGGCGCCUGGUGCUGUUGGAAAGUUUGAACGUUUCAAAGACGACUAUCGAUUAUUGAUUGGUAUUACAACUGUUCGGGAACAAAUUCAACGAUUUUGGCUUGAAUGUAAAAAACAUGAUAAGGCGACAGCUGCUAUUAUACUUUUAGUCAUUCUUAUCUGCAUUGCUAAAACUGUUAAAAGUGGUACGUCAACAUCUGGAUAA